GGUUGAUCGUGCCCGGAGCUGGGUUGGUUUUUGUAUCGAAAGGAGCGGCAAAUGGUUUUGCGCGUGCGCCAAAAACUAAAUGCAAUUAAUUCAUUUACAACAAUUAGCGUGCAGCGGCAAUUGAUUUUGAUUUUGAUUUUGGCUUCGCGCGCACUUUGAUUAACAACUAAAUGGAUUAACGCUAAAACAAACUAACGAGUGCGUAACGGUUUAAUUGUGUGUGUUAGUGUGUGUGUUAGUGUGUGUGUGUGCCCUUUGAAAUGGAGCACGCCAGCUUCGAUGAUCAGAUCUUCGGGGACUUCAGCAGCGGCCCACUAAGUCCACUGGGCGCCAGCAAACCCCUGCUGCCGACCUCCACGGCAACGGUCCAGCACAGCAGCCUGCAUCCUGUCAUGCUCGGCAGCGUCGUUCACGAGCUCUGCAGCCAGCAGCAGCAGCAGCAGCAGCGAUUGCCCGAUUGCAAUACCAUACUCCCGAAUGGGGGAGGGGGCGGCUCGGGCUCGCCAAACUAUGCUCAGAAAAUGGACUUUGGCAACAAGAUGGGCUGCUUUUCGCCCAGCCAAAAAUAUGAGUAUAUAACAACGCCCCAGAAGCUGGUCGAGCAGCAGCAGCAGCCCCAGCAACAUCAUCAGCAUUACGCCGUAACGCCGCCGCCUCCGCUCUCCCACGCCCACAAUGCACACAAUGGCAUGCUGCAGCAUAAGCCCAACCAACAGCAGCAGCAGCAGCUGGUGGGGAUCAUGGGCGACUAUCAUACGUUGAACAGCAAGCUGGACUACUCGCCCAAGGAUCCGUAUGAGCCGCAGCAUCAGCACGUUCAGCUGCAGCAGCAGCAGCAGCAGCAGCAUCUGUACGGCGGCAGUCCGCAUCAUAGCCACGCCCAUGUGCAUGAGGAUGCCGGCAAUGGCAACGGACUGCCGGACGGACUGUUGCUCGGCAGCACCUCCGGCGGCAAGCACAAGAAGCCGGAGGAGAUGUGCGUCCAGCUGGAGAACGGAUCGUCAACGCCCAACGGCAUCGCCAAUGGAAAUGCCAACAGCAGCGGGAGCAGCGGCAGCAACAGCAACAACAACAACAACAACAAUAAUAACAGUGUGACCAAUAAUUCCUCGGUUUCAGCUGCUGCUGCUGGCGGCGCUGGCGCUGGCGUCGGCGUCGGCGUCGCUGCGUCAGCUCCCAAAAAGGACAACAACAACAAGAAGAAGGGCGAUCCGAAUGGCAUCAAAAAGAAGAAAACGAGAACUACGUUCACGGCUUAUCAGCUGGAGGAAUUGGAGCGUGCUUUUGAGCGUGCACCGUAUCCGGAUGUGUUUGCGCGCGAGGAGCUGGCGAUCAAGCUGAAUCUGAGCGAGUCCCGGGUGCAGGUUUGGUUCCAGAACCGGCGGGCCAAGUGGCGCAAGCACGAGCCACCCCGGAAGACGGGCUACAUCAAGACGAAUACGCCGCCGACGGCGGCACUGAAUAGCACAUUGGCGCCGCCGUUUGCCAGUUUCCCGCAGACGACAACGGUCACGCCGCCGGGCAGCAUGGACAGCUGGACCAGCUAUCAGACGCCCUACGAGCUGAGUCCACAGUUCAGCCUGCUGUCGCCGGCGGCCAGUCCCUACGGCACUUAUUCCGGCCAGUACGGCACCUACGUGCACGAGAGCCAGCUCUUUCCCAUACGCCACUUUGACUACGGCAGCCCGCCACGCAUCGAGAUGAACGGCGCCGGCGGCACAGCCAGCGGCAAUGCGGAGGCAGCUGAAGCGGGCAACGGUUACCAGACGACAGAUCUGCAGCAGCAGCAGCAGCAGCAGCAGCAGCAACAGCAGCAGCACCUGGACGGUUCCGGCAGCACCCAGCUGAUAACAGUGCAUCAGCAGCUUAAUGGCAAGUAUCUCAGCGCCGAGGAGGCCAAGUAUGUCCAGGUGCAGUGCCAGCCGCCAACGGGCCUGGAGGAUAACGGCGCCGCCUGCCACAUGGAUGCGCAUCAUUAUGUCAGCGCCGUGGCGGCGGCGGCAGCGGCAUCCGGCAGCGAGGACAACGACAGCGCCCUGCAUACUGUGAUCAAGAGCGAGGAUGCAGGAGGAGUUGCUGUGCAGCAGCAGCAGCAGCAACAGCAGCAGCAACAGGCGCAAAGCUAUGUCCUGCCGCCUUUUUUGAACUAAGAGAAAUGCUCACACAUCGACGUCGGCAGCAGCGACGCUCUGCCUCUGUCGCUGCCUUUGCCUCUGCCAGCGUCUACGCAGCAGCAGCGCGCUUUAAGCGGCCAU